AUGGAGCAAAUUUCAGAAGGUUUAGAGGUGAAUGUUUCCGAUCAGAGAAAAGGAAACUCUGGAAGAAAGCCAAAGAACAUCAAUUUAGAGCAAAUCCCUACUAUUCCACUAAACAAGAGGUCCACUAUCAGAUCUCUAGCUUGGCAACUGGGAUGUAGCCCUACCACACUGCAUAGAAACUUCAAGCUGAAUUUGAUAAAGAGGCACACAAACUAUGUGAAGCCAGCUCUGAAGGAAAAGAAUAAGAAGGAUAGGAUGGAAUUUUGCAUGUCAAUGCUUGAUGAGACAACGAUAGAAACUUCAAGGCCUAAAUGGAAGACAAUGCAUAAUGUUGUGCUCAUUGAUGAGAAAUGGUUCAAUAUGACCAAGAAAAAUAAGACCUACUAUCUGUUGGAUGGGGAGGAGGAGCCUACGAGGCCUAUACAUGGCAACUGCAUUGGCAAGGUGAUGUUCUUGACGGCCGUUGCUAGGCCAAGGUGGGAUCGUGAAGGAAACGUGACCUUCUCUGGGAAAAUCGGUAUCUGGCCAUUCGUGAAAGAAGUUUCUGCUCAGAGGAGAAGUGAUAACAGGCCCAGAGGUACAAUAGAGACAAAGUCAAUAAAGGUGGACAGAAAAGUGAUGAGGGAGUUCCUAAUAGAGAAGGUCUUGUCAGCGAUACAAGCAGUUUGGCCUGAAAGUGAUGCUGGACAGACCAUCUACAUUCAACAUGAUAAUGGUAAGCCCCAUAUCUUGCCAAAUGACCCAGAAUUUCUAGCGGCUGUCGCAAAAACUAGACUUGACAUCAGAACAAUACAACAACCUGCCAACAGUCCUGAUUUGAAUGUGCUUGACCUUGGGGUUUUCAACUCGCUGCAAUCCCUAACAGAUUGUUUGAGUCCUAAAACACUACAAGACCUUAUUAAUGGUGUUUUGGAGGAAUUUGAAGGCUAUGAGGUUUACAAGCUCAACAGAAUUUUUCUAACUCUGCAAACGUGCAUGAUUGAGAUCCUGAACCAUGCAGGGGGCAAUGGGUAUAAAAUACCACAUGUGAACAAGGAAAGGCUCGAGGGUCUUGGGCAGCUACCUCCAAGACUGCCGUGCCCUCAAGAGGUUUACGCAAAUGCCCUACACAACUUAGGGCUAAUAGAGAGGGUUCAAUAA